UCUUGCUCCACGGGCGCUUCAGGCCUUAUCUCGCGAGAGCUCAACGCUCACUGUCUCUUUGCGUUCUCUGCCGUGAUGCCGACCAAGAAGACCAAGACAAGAAAGCUGCGCGGGCACGUUAGCCACGGGCACGGGCGUAUCGGCAAGCACAGGAAGCAUCCUGGAGGUCGCGGUAAUGCCGGUGGAAUGCAUCAUCACAGAAUCAACUUCGAUAAAUAUCAUCCAGGUUAUUUUGGUAAGGUGGGAAUGAGGCACUAUCACCUGAAGAAAAACGCGGUCUUCUGCCCCACAAUUAACCUGGAUAAACUGUGGACGCUGGUCAGCGAGCAGACGCGAGUCAACUACGGCAAGAAACCUGAUGGACCAGCACCCAUCAUCGAUGUCGUUCGUGCUGGCUACUUCAAGGUGUUGGGUAAAGGCAAACUGCCCAAGCAACCCGUCAUCGUAAAGGCCAAGUUCUUCAGCAGACGAGCUGAGGAGAAGAUUAAGGGUGUUGGAGGAGCUUGUGUGCUGACUGCAUAAAAACCCUCACCUUUUGCUAAAUAAAAUUACAAAAGUUAA